AUGCCCUGGUCACAAACACCUGCCUGCAUUGCUGACCACAGGCCUGGCCUGGAGAAAUCCACACCCUCUUCAGGGAAGAGAGCAAGGGGCUUGGCAGUGCCUGAAGCCAGUGGGCUGGGGACUCACAACCGGGACACUCAGGGCGGGCAGGGCAGGCAUGUGGCCCAGCAUGGCACAGGGCCAAAUUCUCCCCUUUGUCACUGGCCACAUACUGUGGGGGGAGGGGCUGGAGGAGCUGGGGCACCUGCAUUUGGCCUGCAAGGAAUCUGGGUCCUGCUGGCUGUGGGUGACCGCAGAGGGCCACGUGGGCAGGGCACAUUCAUGGGCCCCCCAGGCCAAGCUCGUCAGGGAGAGGGGAAGGGCCAGGAAGCCUCAGCCCAGACCAGGUAUGGUGGGAAUAGUCCACACAGGAGGGGCCAAAACCGUCUAGAAGGCCCUGGCACACAGGUCUGCUGCAGCAGAGCCAGGAGGGCACCCGGGUGUGCAUGUCCAGGGCAGAGGAACCACGUGGGGCUCAGUCAGCAGUCGGGGUCAGGCCUGGUUGGUGGCACUGAGGACCCUGAAGGCUUGGCCCUACCUCCGGGAGCUGGCUUCCUCCACAUGGUCACAGCAAAGGACCAGAGGGGACCAGAGACGGGGGGCCACACCCCACCCUCUCCUCGCUGCUCCCCUCCCCCUUACCACCCUGUCCAGUGACGUCUGCACAGAUGGGGGUGUGAGGGGCGUCCACACCUGGCCUGCAGUGGCUGCCCGGCUUCCUGCUAG